UCGUGCACGCGCUUUCCGCGUCCCCGCGUUCAGCCUCAACAUGAACAUCAACAUCAACAUGAACGUGUUCAGCACCAAAGAUCCGCUCAGCGAGUUGAAUUAACAGAACAGCAGCGGAGAAAACCAUAUCAAGGAAUAAAGUCUGAUCUUUCGCUCACGCCUGAGAAAGAUAGACAGAGAGAAAGAGAGAGAGAGAGAGAAGGUUGUGUGGAAUGGCAGGAGGAAGAAGAGGAGCGAGUCGGACGACGUACUGUCGUUCUCCGCUGGGCAAUGAGACAGGAUCCGUCAACAACGGCAACCACUCGACCAGCUCACCUGUGACAGGUGUGAGGUCACGGACGAGGAACAGUUCAGGAACGGGGAUCCCCAGCCCCCCUCUCGCUACACAGACGGUGGUCCCGCUGAAGCACUGCAAGAUCCCCGAGCUCUCUGUGGACCGCAACGUGAUGUUCGAGCUGCACCUCCUCUUCUGCCACCUCAUCGCACUCUUCGUGCACUAUGUCAACAUCUACAAGACGGUGUGGUGGUACCCGCCCUCACACCCACCCUCACACACAUCACUGAACUUCCACCUGAUUGACUAUAACAUGCUGGUGUUCACCGUCAUCGUGUUGUCACGCCGGCUCAUCGCAGCCAUCGUUAAAGAGGCGUCUCAGAGUGGGAAGUUUCCUCACUCCGUCUUCUUGGUGACGGCUCGUUUUGCUGUUUUGACGCUCACCGGCUGGAGUUUGUGCCGUUCACUUAUCCACCUCUUCAGGACGUACUCUGUGCUCAGCCUCCUGUUCCUCUGCUAUCCUUUCGGGAUGUAUAUCCCUAUCCUCAGACCGAGCAGUGACGUGCGUCUCUCCCCCAUUGCCUCCGUCGGCUCCAGAGACACGGGGACGGGAGUGGGCGUGUCCAUGGGGCGGGACUACCUGUCUGUACUGAAGGAGACGUGGAAGCAGCACACGAGCCAGCUGUACGGCGUCCAGCCCAUGCCCACACACGCCUGCUGCCUCUCACCUGACCUCAUUCGCAAAGAGGUCGAGUUCCUCAAGAUGGACUUCAACAAGAGGAUGAAGGAGGUGCUGGUCAGCUCCAUGCUCAGCGCGUACUACGUCGCCUUCGUGCCCGUCUGGUUCGUCAAGAGCACUCAGUACGUGGAUAAGCGCUGGUCGUGCGAGCUCUUCAUCCUCGUGUUCGUGAGCACGUCGGUGAUCCUGAUGCGCCACCUGCUGCCCCCCCGCUACUGCGACCUGCUGCACAAAGCCGCCGCCCACCUGGGCUGCUGGCACAAAGUGGACCCCUCGCUGUGCUCCAACGUCCUGCAGCACACGUGGACAGAAGAGUUCAUGUGGCCACAGGGGGUGUUGGUGAAACACAACAAAAACGUGUAUAAGGCCAUGGGCCAUUAUAACGUAGCAGUGCCUUCAGACGUCUCGCAUUAUCGCUUCUAUUUUUUCUUCAACAGGCCUCUUCGAAUAUUAAACAUCCUCAUCAUCCUGGAAGGAGCGAUGAUAUUCUAUCAGCUCUACUCGCUGAUGUGUUCGGAAAAGUGGUACCAGACGAUAUCGUUAGCGCUGAUCCUCUUCAGUAACUACUACGCCUUCUUCAAGCUGCUCAGAGACAGAAUCGUGUUGGGAAAAGCGUACUCAUACUCCACCUCGUCAGACCACAAAGUCAGCUAGACGCUCGUCCCUCCCUGUCACACCAGCGACGGAGAACAGAGCGGAAAAGCAUGCACCAGAGCUUUUUAUUUUUUCUAUAACUUUUUUUUUGUCACUCUGUUUAUGUUCUGACCUGCCAUGGAAUAAAAAAGAAAAUAUUUUUGUAUUCCUUCA